CCGGAGGAACAGCUGUUACCGGCGGCUAGCAGGCAGCUAGCAGCGAACUGCGGCGGACUCUGCGAUUAUCGUCUUACCAACCUGUUAAAACACGUUUAUCUACAUUUAAAUCCAACUCCGUUAUCGGGGCUCGUCUGGGUGUCGACCUGCGAUGGAGCCCGCCUGCCGGAAGGACAAAGCCAAGCUGAACUCCACUCCCACCAGAGGAGACCGAGCCCGGCAGAAAUCUGCACAGCACGAACUCAAACAGCGGCAGAGGGCCGAGAUCUACGCUCUGAACAAGGUGAUGACGGAGCUGGAGCAGCAGCAAUUCGAGGCCUUCUGCAAGCAGAUGCAGUCACAAGGAGAAUGACAAACACACACACACACUGAUCUGUUUGGACUUUGGUUUGACUCUGAACCAACAUUUCAGAAAGUCUAAACUAAUUCUAAAAUACCACUUCAUCUUUCUGUGAGGGUUUCCUCACUGUUCAGACUUGAAGUGUUUUAUAUUUUCACUACACAGUUCUUCAAGCUCAACUCACCCCAACUGGAAAAGCACUUUUAUAGAACCACUUUGAGCGUUUACUACGGAGCGCUGAUAUAAUCUCAGCCUCGUAGUGUCUCCUCAGAGCAGACAGGUGAACCUCAGAGUGUGUUCUGGCGUUCUUCGCCGCUCUCAUGUGAGCCACUACGACUGCUGUCAGCGUCGGUCUUUUUAUAUGACGUUUAAUCAGCUCUGUUACAAUCCUCACAAACUGAACGUGUAUUUGUUUAUCUGCUGCUCAUCAGGAUGCCGUCCACUUUGAAACAAGCUGUCAACUUUAGGACAAUAAAAAUGUUUUUUAAA